AUGGCGACGCUUAUGUUGGGCGGAAAGAAACUCGCCGAUUUACGAGUUGUAGACCUCCGUCAAGAGCUCGAAAUCAGAGGUUUAGAAAAGAGUGGAGUAAAGGCAGUUUUGGUGGAGCGAUUGCAGAAGGCAAGAUCUCGUAACUGUUCAACAAAUUACAGCUGUUUCUUCGCUUUGUGUGAAUGGUUGCAAUUUAUCCAGCUUUCUGAUCUUACAUAAGCUUAUCUUGUGCUUAUCUUCGAUUUUUAGGCCUUAGAGGAAGAACAAGAUGGCGAAGAAGAAACUGCAGAGUUUAUUCCCAUAGACAGCGUUGAUAUGGUGGACGAUGAAGAGGAAAGUGUUCUAGACGAACAACCUUCGAGUCCGAUAGUUUCUCCCAAGAGAUCCGGUCAGAAACAGGCGAAGAAAACUUCCAUCACACCUGUUUUGAGUAAGAGCAACCGGAGGCUAAAGUCUCUACCGUUGUUUAUACUUUCCAUCAAUGAUUUAAAACCGUGCCUUAGUCUCUGUUUUUAUUCGUUUAUUUGGAUUGUCUUCAAUUUUGUAGAAAAGAAAGCCGCAGUUAAAGAGGAAGAAACCAACGAAGCUGUAAGUGAACGAUUGGUUUUACGAAGUGUCUGCAUGUCUCGGGUCCUAGUUUUAUGUCUUCUCGUGUGAAGGGCUCUAUUUCUGAUCUUUUGCCUAUGGAAGCAGGAUGCAGGGGGGAAGAUAUAGGCAGCGGAUCAGCGAACAGCACAAGCACAUUUAAUUUUUUUUGCCGCGGUAGCAUGUCGUUUAAAUGGCAAUGACUAACCCGACACUAACAUGCGUAAUUGAACAGCGAUCCCUUUGUCCUUACAGUUGUACGAUUAGAUCUUAUCUAACUUAAAGCCAGAUUAAAUUCCAGGGUAGGCUAAAUUUCAGAAUACCCGGUCACUGAAAUAUUCCCAACAACUCCGUGAUUAAAAAAUUGCCAAAGAUGUUUUUUUAUAUAUCAGAUGUUUCAACAAGUACUAAUGGCUCCAUGAUAAUAAAACUUUUGUGUCAUUUGUUAUUCAAAUUUGUCAACAUUAGAAAGGUGACAACCAUAUUCCUCUGUGGUGGGUUACUGGAGUCGUAAAGGCAGGAAAGCAAUACAGUAAAAAUACGUUUCCACAGAGACAUGAAGCCAGCCCAAUAUUGGAUUUCAACUGGUUUAAAAAAAGCUUUGUGUCUUAGGUGAAAGACCCUCAUAAUUGUUAACUUUGACCAUCAUGAAGGAUUAACUUCAAAUCAAGUGGCCCACUUUACCAGUGAAACUGAAAGUAUUUUUUUUUAUCGACAAAACGGUUUUAUAGGAGAUUGUGAUUAUAUGAACUGAUAUGGUGGUUUUAAGGGAAUUCAGCGAUGACGAUAGCCAUGCCAACCAGGAUUUCGAAGUGAAUACUGAAUUAAUAUGAUGAUUUCUUUUUGAAAGGAUGAAGAAGAGAAAGAAAAUGUAACUCAGGAAGAUGAAACAGAGGAGGAAGAAAAUGGAAAUCUCAUUGCUGAAGAGGAUUUCAAACAGGAACAUGCAGACAGUGAGGAAGAGCUUGACAGCAAUAAGAUCGAGGAGUCCAUUGAUACCUCCAACAUUAAAUCUGAAGAUGUAGAGAAUGAUGAGAAGCAAGAUGCUGAAAAGGAUGUGGAUGAUUCACCAUUAAUCGAGAAUGAUAUUAAGCUGGAAGAUUUGGAAGAGCAAAAUGAUGUGGAUGAGAGUAAAGAGGUGAGAAGGUUUCUUAUGUUAAUGUUCACCAUGAGCAUCCAAGGCCUUGGUUCCUGAAAAGCCAUUAAGAGCUUAUCUAGGAUUAGAAUUUUAAUCCACAGUUGUAUUUACCUACCUGCAGAGUGUUCAAAGUAAACUUUUGUGUUAUCAUAACUUGAUCUUGAAGUAAGGGCUCUGACACAUUAGUUUUAAGUUCCAGUUACUCUAUACUUGUUUGUAGCAAGAAAGCUUUGCUUAAAAUAGGCAAGUUUCAUAUUCCCCUACUGACCUGGGACGAGCAUGAUUGCAAGGCUAAUGCGGGUGGAAAAAAACUGUGGAAAGGGGUGGUCGAUAACUACCACAUUUCAAUGAAAGGCUUACUUAAAGAAGUUAUAACUGAUCACCGAAAAUGGACUUAAAAAUGGCUUGGGGGUUUUACCAUGUUUUGAGGAUUUUGAAACCAUCUUCGCAUUUUUAUUGAACUCGCUCACGAAACCACUCUUCUGUACAAGUUUUGGUUUCACUCGUUGUUUUUCUCGGUGAUGAAGAGCUGAUCUUCCUUUUGCUGUACAUAACAAUGAUUUCUUAAGCUUAUAAGUAAGUUUGGAGCCUAUCGAAACAUUAAACCUUUAAGAUUUUCCUCAGUAAGUCAGCUGCAGUUCUCUUAUGUUUGUUUGUCUUCUUGCACCCGCAUUAGCCUCGCUUCUGCACAAAAACAAGCACUCGCCCUAGGCCUCCCCGGGAUACAAAACUUGCUUAUUGAGCUUCACCUUUGGUUAAUUAAUUUUGUUUCAAGGAAAUGGGCCAGAUGGCUAUGAUUGUUCAUGUCGUUUUGCAGUUCAGAUCAAUCUGAACUGAUUGUUGAAGUGAAAUUUUUAUUAUAGUUAGGGGAAAGUGAAACUAACUUGACACUUGCCUGUUUGUAGACUGGAGACAAAGAAAUGGUUAAAGAUGAAGAAAGGGAAGGUAAAUAUAGUUCUAGAUGCUAACUACAGUACAGGCCAUGGGCAUUACAGCAUUUCAUGCGUGUUUCAGGCAUGGAAAUCCGUCAUAUUGCACGCAAAUUCCACGAGAAAAACACGAGUGAAACACUCUUGGAAAAAUGUACACGUAAAGAUGCACAAUAAAAUACAUUCAAAUUAGGAAAAUUUGGGUGUAAAACUUGACACACAGAUUGUUGUAAUUUGCGUGUAUUGGGUUUACUUGAGUUCUCACAUCGCUGGCUGAGCGAGUGCAGUUGUACUUUUUGCUGGUGGCUUUAAUUUGUUAGCAUAAAUCAAACUUUCGAGGCACGUUCAAAUGUUAGUAUUUUAUGUUAUCGGGGCUAAAAGUGAUCCAAUUUUUUUUUCCAAAUAAACAUUGUUUUUAAAUAUUUACAUGUUCUUCGCUUGAAUCUUCAUUUGUAGACUUCACAGAGGUUAUAAAAAGGUUUCGACUAAACUCAGUUUGAGUUAUCAAUUCACAACUAUUUUGAUGGACCAACCACUCUGUAAUGAGAUGCUGUAAUUUACAUCUCUGUUUUGGUUAAGGGUCGCUUCUACAUGUAUUUUGUUUACAGCUUUCAUCUCCUACUUUUAUUUAGCUCGCUGCUUUGAGUUAUUUUCUUCUGCAGCAAUCUCCUUUCUCCUUCCUGCAAUGUAGGUCCAAAUGAGAAAAGACUUGUUUUUUUGGCAAGAAUCUAAAUCUCUUUUAGCUCGCAACACCAGCAUGACUCAGUCGCGUCGUCCAUCUAUGUUUAAGCAAACAAUCCGGCAUUACUGCAAGAACUAAUUUUAGUUCCAGGGUUGUAUUUUUACCUGCAAAGGAAAGGUUUUCCUUUAAGGUCUACGUUUUCAGCAAAGAUUGUUUAAUCCUUGUCAGGGGCAAACAAAAUAACACACUGCAUUUUUAUCGUUUACGCAAGUUUCUAUAUUUUCCAGAAAAUGCAUGGAAGCAAAUUAUUUUAAAUGUUGUCUAAUUUUAACAGACGGUGCGUCACAAAUAACGUGCAAAUUCGGAGUGAAAUUGUAUCCAAGUUUAGUAAUGCAUUGAAAUUUUUAAGCAACAACUAAGGACAUAUCGUGAAGCUCGACGCUAAUUCAAUGUUAGAAUAAAGGCAUAUGUAAAAUAGAAACCUUGUAUGGUCUGUAAAAUUUAGUGCCGAUCGUGUGAAAUCCUUGGGCAAAAUCAAACCUUCUAGUUGUCCCAAUCUUUCGAACCCUCACUAACUUUAACAUCGCGCUUACUCAAGUUGGUUUCCGUUAAAAUUCCUUCAUACAGCCUGUUACCGAAAUUUUACCAAGUAAUUUUUGUUUCCCUUCAGAUCAUUUCUCUACAAUUUUACCCUCGAUAACUCGAACCAUGUUUUAAGCGCGUAUUAUAAACAAGUCUGAAAAAACAGUGUACUGAAGUCCAAGCACCUGCUACGAAAGCUUAAACAUUGAACUUAUUUCAAAACAACAGUUGUGGCAAGUAACAUGCAUCCAGGUUUACAUGUACAUGUAAAAUAGCGCUUCAGCCAACAGCCAAAAAAAUAGUUGAUUGCAAAACAUGACGUUCGCGAUCGUAGCAUGAUCAUAGUAAGACAGGUAAAAGAAAGUGUAUAGUAAGUUGUUUUCUUUCUCACAGCAAAAUAUGUUUUCCAAAAUGUCGGUUUCUAAUUUUACAUCAGCCACAUUUGCUGUUGUGAAGAAGUACACGCAACUUGCAUGUAUUUUUAUUAGCAAAAUCAGUCACCGUAAAAAUACACUCAAAUUUGCGUGUAAAAAAUCUGCGUGUAAAAGCUCGUUCAAAAAUAUAAACGCGUUUUUUUGAUUGGAUUUUUUGUGGAAAUCCGCCAUAUUGCACACAAUUUAUGUGCGUGUGAGUGCUGCAAUGCCUGUGGCCUGUACUGUACUGUGCUCACAGAAAUAUAAUGUCAUUGUUUUAGUAGGAGCCUGAAAAAUCUUUUCAGGGAACAGCCUUUCACUGUUCGAAGACUUUGCUUUCAUCAUACAGUGUUUCAGAUUUUCCUGAUGUCUUCAUAAUUAUUUACAUUUACAAACUGUUUUUACAAAAGGUACUGAAAGAGCAGAAACUAAAGACAAAUCUGAAUCUGAGGAGGCAAUGGAUACAUCAGCAGCCGAAGUAAGCCUUGAAGAUUCAAGUGAGCAAGCUAAAAAUGAUCAAGAGGAAACUGUUUCCAUGGAUACAUCAGAGUUAGACUCUAAAGAGAACAGCUUGUCAGUGUCAUUAUUUGUUCACACAGAUGACAUUCAAGAUGACCUGGAUGAUGAUUUGAAGGAAGCCGCUGCGGCUGCUGCUGCUGCUGCUGCCAAGGAAAAAGAAAUGAAAGAAGAAAAAGCUGCUGAAGGUAAACAAAAAUCCUUCUCUAAUUUCUGUGGCUGCUAUGCUGCUCAGGUGCCUGAGCAAACUGAGGGAGUCACAAGCGAGUGUGAAGGUAACCAUGACAACCCUGUGAGCAGCAACCACCAGGAAGCAUCACACUUCAAACCCCAUGACCAGUGGAAAGUUUUCAGAUACUUACCAAGAGCCACUAAGAGGGAGGGAGGGGAUGGGAGCAAAAAUGGUAUGACACAAGCAAAGACAACAGAUGCAAAAUGACUUGACCUCUGAAUGAGCACUGUAAAAUUGCUGGGGCCCUGAAAAAGCCCUAAGCCCACCCCACAUACAAUUAGCAGUGGAGACUGCUGGUCAGCAUUGUCUUGAGUUAACAUAGCCUAAAUUACAUUAUAGUUAGUGACAUAUUAAAAUGUUGUAAAGUAUUUGUGGUUUUCUAACUUAACUUAAGCCAAAGACCAUUUGUGAUAAUGCACAUCAUGCCAAACAAUUUAUUUCUAAAAUGCACUAUCAAGAGGUUGUUACUUUUCACGUUAACAAAUAAAGAACAACGUUGUCUGGGGAAGAGUGGGUCAGUUUUUGUUGUUAGGGAGGGAGAAGGGGGUCUGUUGUUGCUGAUUGUUAAGUGAAUGUGUUUUGUAUUAUUAUGUAAUCUCAAAGAAGUAUCACACAAACUGGGGGUGGGGGUGGGAAUGUUUGCAUAAAUAUUUCUUUAUUUAUGGAAAUACCAAUUUACACAAUUCAGUAAUUUCGCAGCACUUUCAAAAACUAAAUCGGUCUUUAUAAGAUGUUUUGAUGCAGCGGCCUUGGUUAUGAAUCUUUGCCUUCUUUUCCUUUUUUGGACAGGUAAAAGUUCAUCAAAGGAGAGUGAGACUAAGGCUUCCUCAAAAGAUGACACGAAGACAACAGAGAAAACUAAAGCAGAGGAGAAACCCAAAGAGGGAAUUGUGGCCAAAGGACAAAGGUAACAUCCUACAACUUGCUUUAACACCUCUCAGUCUUAAGUACUGCAUUAAGAUGUAACAUUUUUAUAUAGCUGGAAAUUUUUCCCCAACAGUGAUGCGCUCUCAUUGAUUACUUUGAGGUCAUAUGGCAUCUAGCAGUGCACUGUUACCCGCAAAUAUUGACCAGUGACUGCCAGUACAGCGAGGUUUAUAAUUUUCUACUUCAAAAUUCCCAGCUAUGUAGCAAAUCACUUUAACAGGACAAAAUAACAACUUUGAUUACAAUGAAAGGUUCCUUAAAGGAACAUUAGUGUUCAUUGGUUUACCUCUAAGGAACCUUUUUUUCUAAAGUAAAUUUGUUAUUUUGUCCUCACUGCUCCCUUGGGGUAACAGUUGAUUUUGUUGCCCUUGUUGCCGUUGAAUCUCAGUGUUUCCCUCAGCUCUGCCUUGGGAAACAUCAAGGUUUUCGGGAAACAAAAUUUAUCUGUUUUCCGAGGUACCAGUUAUUAAGUUUUUAUUGUUACCUUUCUGAAUACUAAGGACUUUGCAUCUGAUGGAAAAGAAGGCAGCUCAUGUCCUCUUCACACAACAUAUUGACUGUAAGCUUGGAGGUCAGCUUAAAAAGACUUAAGGGAGACAUAUAUUGGCCUCUCCUUUAGAAAUUAGAAGUAACUAAGAGCGUAAUGGGGAAGGAAAAAAGUGCCUUAGGUAUAUUAUUAUUGUUCGCAUUAGUUAUCCACAUAUCAAAGGUUUGGUGAAGUUUAUGUAGCAGAGAUGUUGUGGUGAUUGUUUGUGGCAUGUUUGUGUUACAUUACGUUUUUGAGACUCGUGCAUGUGGCAUUCAAUUAAAAAAAUACCUUUUUGAUGAAUGGAUUCCAAUUAGUUUUCUAAAUAUUUUUCUUUGCUGAUAAGUUCAAACAGCAAAGAGACUAAAAGCAAAGCCAGUGAAUCAAAAGGCAAGGCGGCUGAAAGCAAGUCCACUAAAAGUACUGACAAGACAACAAAAACGCCAGCUAAAACUCCUGCAAAAACUCCAGCGAAAAGCACAAUGUCUGCAAAGGACAAGAAAGAAACUGGCAAAAGUCUGUGGGUGAGCAAUCUGUCCUCAGUGACCAGAGCUGCUGAUCUUAAGACAAGGUUCAGUCAGUAUGGAAAGGUGAGUUUGUAAGUUUGACCUCGAUGUAUGCUGAAGUUUUAAAUCUUUCAAUUCAAGUAUACAUUCCUUGUGAGCACCCAGUUUUUAGUUUCUUUCAAGGGGCCUGCCUGCAAGCUAAGGAUACCUUGCUUUGUUUUAAGCAGGCACUUCUCUGAAGCAGAUGUAAAAAGCCAACACCCAGAGCUGUAACUAGGCAGAUGUUAAUGGUUGUUCUCUAUUUCUCUUUCAGGUUGUUGGAGCAAAGAUAGUUACAAACUCCAAGUCUCCUGGUUCACAGUGCUUUGGUCUUGUUACCAUGUCAACUAGUGAAGAGGCUGCCAAGUGUAUAUCACACCUCCACCGCACAGAGCUCCAUGGAAAGACCAUUACAGUCGACAGGGUAAACAAAACUCCCCUUAUCUUCUACUUCUGAUAAUUAUCACAGAUAAAGGUUUCCCUGUGACCACUUGUUAAACUUUGAAUAUUUAGUGGAGAAAUAUGUCAUGUUUGGCAUCCUGUUAGAACAUGUUUUUUCGCCACCUGUCCUCCUUUACAGUGUAGGUGCAAACAUCUUUAAGUUUGUGACUGACAGUCUGUUAGUCUGUAAUGGUAAGGACUGCUAAAUAACUUUCUAAAAGCCAAUAUGAUUUGAUUUGCUGUAUGUUUGGACAGGCCAAAGGUGAUCGCAUACCUACGACACAGUCAGGUAGCAGUACUGCAAAGAAACCGGCAGACAAGAAACAAGCUGCAAAGAAACCAGUUGAGAAAAAGCCAGCUGAUAAGAAACCAGCAGAUAAGAAGGGUAAGUAUUGCGCUUUAUCUGGACUUGCUUGCUGGGGGUCACUUCAUGCUUGUCAUAGUUUAAAAAUAUAGAAAAAAAUUUUUCCUUUUCCUGCAAGAAAGUCUAGGUGUCCCAGACUAUCAGACAGCUUUUUUCGAGCCCUUUUUAUCCUGUUCUAAGAAGGUGCAGGUUAACUAAUAAUAUUGGAACAACCUUGGUUGCAUAAUUGUCAUAUUUAAGGAUUUCAUCCUCGUUUUGAAUUAAAUUAUUAUACGUACACAGUAUCACAAAAAGUUCUUGUAAUGCGUAGAGACUUUUGUUUGGAUGGAAUAAAGAUUCAACCCCAAAGGAAAGGUAACAGUAGGUGCUCAGUAUCAUUUGAUUGGGGUAGUAUUAGAUUCAAUAGCCCAGCGUUUGAAAAUUUUAUUGAUGAGUGGAGUCAGUUCGACUUCUGCUUUACAAAUUUUGGAGGCAUUUUGGAAUAUUUGGAGUCAAGUUUCAGACUUUCCAGCACGUGGUCCUGGCAUGUAUACACUAUCGUGAGGGAUACACGAAGUAGCUGUGGCGGUCCGCCGACCUGGAAAGCUCAAAUCCACUGGCGGUCAUCGAGUAAACUUUGAUCGUAAUUUACCUGCUUACCCUCUUCCUGUUUUGUCGUAUAUAAUUCUUUAAUUUCGAUGACGUAAUUAAGGUUUACAAUGUUUACAAUUAACGUAAAGUGUAUUUGUUAGUGACUCCCUCCGUAACCUCAGUGGAGUCAUCUGAACAAUUUUGGCGUAAAAUACGCCAAAUUUGGCGUAUUUGCGAACCCUGUUAGUAGCUCUUGAAGUAAGGUGGCUGGACUAAAGGAGGCAUUUAUGUGUUUUACAGCUGAUUCAGCAGAUAAAACAAAAGCUAAAGCUGAUGACAAGAAGCAACCAGACAAGAGUAAAAAACCAGCUGAAACAUCGACUGGUAAAUCAACAACAGCUACUAAAACUUCCGCAAAAACACCAGCUAAGUCUUCCACCAAACCAACCCCAAAACAACAGAAGUCAGGUCAGUCUGUUAGCUCAUUUCUUUAUAAAUGUGAUUUUCUUUGUGUUUUUUGCUCGUGUGCUUUGUUUUAUCGAUGUUUAUGUAGUGAAUUUUAGAUAGGUCGCCAUAAUGUCAUGUAAGUAUUUUCCUUUCUAUUCUCUCUUGUGCAUAGCUUCUUUGUGAAAUUGUGGAAGGUUCAGGAUACAGAAUGCUUCGUUUAGCUUCAGGGAACCCUAGAGUUGUGUGACUCAUUAGCAUCUGCUAUUGUCAUGUUUACAUAAGCUUCCUUUAAACUGCAUCAUGUAAUUCCAGUCCUGUGAAGGAAUUCCUUGUAGAAUCACGCAAAGGCAGUUUUGUGGCACUCUUGUUGUCACUUCUGUGCUUGGUUUCCCAACUUCUCUUCACGCUAAACAAAUCAGUUCCUAAAGAAAAAGUUGUUCUUCAUUGGUGGGGAGUGAACCACCAAAAUUUGACCAUAUCAGCUGAAUUAGUCAAUUAAGGAGUAAACUGAAGGCAAAUCCAAACCCGCCAUUUUGAGCGCUGUUCUUCAUAGAGAAUUGCGCAGGAUGCACCCUUCCUGAAGCAGCGCUAAACCAAGAAGAUGACAUCGAUAGUACCCACACUAUAGUGAAAGCAUUGGAUAAGGUCCAGUUAGCAAGAUGCGAUUUUUAUUCCCAAGACAAGUAACGUUCGUUAAACUUUGGUGCUGGGCGCCAAUAUCUUGAUGCCAGCCUGAAGGUCCAUCUUUCCCCAGGGUGAUUCCAUUUUUUCCUCAUAAUCUGGAAAUGACAUUUGAUGCGGUUUUAUUUGAGAACUGUCCCCUUUGUCAUUCCUCUUAUUUUAUUCAGCGCUCCUUGUGAGUAAGCUAGGUAAUCAGUUGCUUCUCAGUUGUUCAUAGGAGAGUGGACAUCGCUCCAAACCCAUACCUUUCACAACUCCUAUCUACUUAACCCAGCCCAUUUUGAGCUUGAUUUUGAGUAUAAAUAUUGUUGUUUUGUUUUACAAUUAAUGCUAAUCACAGGAAGUACUUCUUCAAGUGGUAAAAAGGACGACGAUUCUAAGCGAGCUUCUUCAACAAACAAAGAGAAAAGUGACUCAUCCUCUUCUAAAACUUCAGACAAGGAAAAGGAGAAGGAAAAAGAGAAGGAGAAAGACAGCGACAAGGAAAAGGAUAAAAGCAAGGAAAAGGACGAUAAGAAAUCUGCCAAAACCGACGAUGAGAAAAGUGGAGAUCGCUCAUCUCCUAAAAUCAAGUCCCUGGACGAGAUCCGCCGUGACCGUCAAGAGAGGCAGCGUCAGGAGAGAGCUAAAGAAAUCCGAGAACAACGGGAACGUGAGCGACAAGACAGGCUCAAACGUGAGCGUGAGAGACUUGAGCGUGAAAAAAUGCUUGAGCGACAGCGCGAACGUGAACGAGAAAGAGAACGCGAGAGAAGGAGGCAGCAACUUAUUCGGGAACGAGAGUUCCGCGAAAGACAAGAACGAGAGCGACUCCGACUCCAGCGUGAGAUUGAACGACAAAGGGAAUUAGAACGGCAGCGUGAACGGGAACGCCGCGAACGUGAAGAACGUGAACGCUUGGAGAGAGAACGCCGUGAACGGAUUGAACGUGAAAGACUUGAGCGUGAACGAAUUGAACGUGAUCGCUUGCAGCGCAUCGAAAGAGAACGCUUGGAACGUUUGGAACGCGAACGCCUUGAGCGUGAGCGAUUAGACCGUCAGCGUUUGGAACGUGAACGUUUAGAACGCGACCGGCGUAGUUUGAAACGCCCCGCCGCUCCCUUUGAGCGCGGCGACCCUGGACAUGCUCAGAAGCCAGUUGGCUUCUGGCAGGAACCUAAACGAGCUGCAAUGGGAGAAGGAAGAUCGCGUGACUUUUUUGGUAGUAGUGUGAAUGACCGUGACAGGCGUGACCGUGCGAAUGUGACUUCUGACAGACGUGACUCCAGAGGAAGUCAUCGUGACGAGCCUAGGCAAGCCGCAGGUGGGCGUAGGAGUGAGGAGUGGAACCGAGCGGAUGAACGGCGAUUGAAGAAAGAUGAAAGAGACCGCCGUAGUGAUGAAAGCCAUCGUGGUGGGCGUGACAAGCCAACAGGGCGUGACAGUGACCACCCUAGAGGAUCCCGUGACAGGGGCCUGCAUGAGAGUCGCAGUAGCCAUGAGAGUAAGGCCUGGGCAGUGGCUGGAGGAGAGCUGUCAGGAGCUAAUAUCGGACUACUGGGGGCGGCAGGCAUGGACCCACAGAAGAGAUUGAACAUCCUGUUGGAGCGUGCCGGUGUCGGUAAUAUUCUGGGUCCAGGCCCAGCAGUCCAAAGCCACAGCUCGCGCGCUGAUCUCGGAAAGUCUGUGGGUGGUAUGGACGAACCCUCCUGGCGUGCCCCUGAUCCGAGGGACAGCAGGCCUCCCAUCCCUCAAGCUGAUCGUGGCGCCGGUUUCCCUCACGGAGCGUCUGGACUCUCAGCUCAUGUUGAUGCGCGGUUCGGAUCACUGCCGAUGGAUGAUAGCCACCGCUCUGUCAGUCUCGGAGGAGGGGGAGUGGAAUCCAGCAAGCCACCAGCACGAGACUGGCGCGAUACGCAUGGCCAGAAUUUAUCAUCACGUGACCGGGAUGCCUUGGCUGCUAGAGAACGAGAUCGAUCACGUGACCGCGGAGCUGAAGUCAAACAAAACUUGGCACGUGCGGGAGCCUUGUACGAUGCACGUGACACGCGAGCACCAGUAAGCCGCGACUCUAUGCCGCCGAGAGGAGCCUGGGGAACUGGACUGGAUUCCCGUCAAGUAGCUAACCCAGCACUCAGUUUGUCCAGUGGCGGGAGACCAAUUGUUGAUGACAGGUCACGUGCUGCUGUACCUGCCAGGGACGCUGCUCUGCCCCCGUGGAACCAAUCUGGCGCACCAUCACUAGCUACACCUGUGGCCCGAGGACCUUACAAUGGGAGUGCAGUACCAGGGCCUGACAGGCGACAUGCUGCAGCAGCUGAUGUGAGAUAUGACCCUUACAAGGCACCUCCUCGUGUUAGUGUGAUGCGCCGAUACUGAGAGCACCCUGAACUGUUAUAAAAUGACCUCUUCGAGGCACCUGCUUCUUGUUGCUGAGUGUAUUCCGAACUGUACAUAGACUGCUGCAUGUGAAAAACGUUUUUAGAUUCAUUCAUCAAGUCUACCGUGUCAUGACUUAUAUUUUAGAAUAAGGGAGAUGUUAGUCUGAUCUCUGAUCAUCAAACGGUUGAACACUGCUAAUUGACGUGAUCGAUUUAAGGUUAAAGUGAAAAAAAAUAUAAUCCCAACCUCGUAAGGGGUUAAUACCUGUUGAGUUCCAAUCUUUAUAUCAGCCGUUUUAGUAUGUUUUAUCGCGAUGUUAGCCAGUCACCCUACACAGUUAAAGUUUUCGAUCAAUUUUCAAAAUAUUUCAACUUGCAUGUCUUAAUUUCAGUUUGAAGCUUUUGUUUACCAGGGCAUUACUUUACUAUUUUACAGUAGUUGGGGAUUUAGAAUGUAAAAUAAAGGUUACAGUCCGCUAAGUAUUAAUUCAACCCAACGGUUGCUUUAUUGCCGCCUCGUGUGUUCAGGAUUAAAGAGUUAACAGACCCAGACGAGGAAAGCUUCUUAACGAGAUCGCCGGCAGACUUCUAAAACUGUACCUUUGCAAUCAAGUUUUUUGCUCCUUGACUUGUUAUUGCAGGCGACCAAAGGACCCGUACUCGCAGCGGUAGUUACGUGUUGGCACAAUAACCUAAAUUUUUCUCAGACUUAUCAUCUCCCCGUAGAAAGCAAGACAUAUCUGCGGUGAAAAUUGGUCUUGAACCAUUCAGCGUGGUGGAGAUAGUUUGGUUUGAUAGUGAUCUUGAAAUGAAGCAGGAUGAAGGCUCCGAAGUUAGUUAUGUUAGAAUUUCCUUUAUGUGCGAACUGGCGUCCGAAGUUCUGUUCAGAUUUAAACAUUAAGCGAUGAGAAAAUAACCACAGGCCAGUACUUUAGCUUCCUCCUCGAUAUACCGUAGUUUCGUGCGUGUUGCAACGAAUAGUAUACUUCGGAUAUUACGUGCCAGUCACAUGGAAUGGUAUAUCUUGGAGCUGAGAUAAUCACGUGUUAGUCAUGCGGUAUAGUAGAACUCGCUUGUGUUAGUUGACUAAAGUCGAGCAGUUAUUAGUAUGUAAAUUUGUUGAUGUUGGUAAGUUGAUGCAGGUAACUUGUUUUGUUAACCAUUAUGUCCCAGUACAGGAAACACGACUGAGUGCUGUUGUAAGGUGAGUUGGUUGGUUCUUCAAUAAGUCGAUAACCUGGGACCAGGCUCCGCAUUGGGAAAAAAAGGAAAAAAAUAAUCGCGAGCCGCGACGUAUUCUGGGCAGGGGAAAGUGUGGCGCCGCCCUUUCUCCCUCCCUAGACCACCGCUGGGCUCGCUUCGUUCGCCGAUAUUUUUCCUAUUUUUGUUUUUUGCCCUUUUCCCCACUGCGAAACCUGGUCCCAGGUUAAUAAGUCGAAUCCCUAGUCUCCCACAAGGGAUUCUUUUGGCUUGUCACGCACAGGAUCCUG